AUGGGGGAAGUUGAUAUACCAACCUACUUUAUCUGUCCGAUAUCGCUUCAGAUCAUGAAAGACCCCGUAACGGUGGCGACCGGCAUCACUUACGACCGAGAAAGCAUCGAGCAGUGGUUUUUGACAACCAAGGACAUGACAUGUCCGGUGACCAAGCAGCCCUUGCCAAAAGACAACAGCAACGAGUCCAUGACGCCAAAUCACACCCUACGCCGGCUGAUCCAGCAGUGGUGCACUGUAAACGCCAUUAACGGCGUCGACAGAAUUCCGACGCCGAAAUUUCCUCUGAAUAAGAUCUACGCCGUGAAACUGGUCAAGGAUCUUGGGGUGCAUCAUUUGCGGCAAGCUGCGUUGAAGAAAAUGGAAGAACUUGCAGCGGAGAAUGAAAGAAACAGAAGAUCGAUGGCUGAAGCAGGUGUCGCAAAGGCUUUGAUUUUGUUCAUUGUGACCUGUUUCAGGGAAGGUAAAACCACCGGUCUCUUAGAAGCAUUGAGAGUUCUGCAUCAUGUAUGGAGUGUAGAUGAGGAAACCGAGGUUGCUGUAAUUGGAAACAACGAUUUGCUGGAAUCUUUGAUGUGGGUUCUAGGGUUUGAUCAUGAGACUGGUCAUAGCCAUAUGCUACUCCUGAAAAUAGAAGCGAUACUAGUAUUGAAAAUGACGAUAUCCGUCAUCAAUACAGCUCAGCUCGAGCAGUUAAAGCCUGAAUUCUUCAUGAAUAUUACAAAGGUUCUGUUGGAAAAGAAGAUCUCACGGCAAGCUGUCAAAUCUGCAUUGCAUGUGCUGGUUGAAGCAUGCCCAUGGGGAAGAAACAAGAUGAAAAUAGUCGAAACCGGUGCAGUUUUCCAGCUCAUUGAACUGGAAUUACUCAAACCCGAAAAGCACAUUACCGAGCUGAUCUUUAAUUUGUUGGCGAAUUUAUGUUGCUGUGCUGAUGGGAGAGCUCAGUUCCUGAAGCAUGGUGGUAGUAUGGCAAUGGUGUCCAAGAGAAUUCUUAGGGUUUCGCCUGCUACAGAUGAUCUGGCGCUUCAAAUACUUUCAUCGAUCUCAAAGUUCUCCGCGACUCAUGGAGUUGUUCUGGAGAUGCUAUUGGUUGGAGCUGUGUCAAAGCUUUGCAUGGUAAUGCAAGCAGAUUGUCCAGCCUAUUUGAAACAAAAGGUUAGUAGGAUCUUACGGUUGCACUCUAAUGUCUGGAACAAUUCACCUUGUAUUGCCGUGUAUCUUUUAACAAGACCUAGGUAA